GUUGCCCCAGAACUGUGCCCGAGCUGCAUGCCGAGUGGUUUUGCGUUUGCCGUGCCGCUCGUGUGGGAGACCUCUUUGGCGGGCGGGGUAAAAUGGGAAAAUUGAAGGCGCCUUUAAAACAAACAAUACCCCCGUUUCACGAUACCUUCAGCCGUUCGCCUCCCGUGUUCAGCAAUACUCAUUUUAUAUAUCGCAGAAUACCCUCACUUGAGUUAUUCGUCACUCGUUGCUCUUUCAACAGUUAGAUUUUGUAAAUACCUAGUCUUGUCAAUCAAAAUGCGCGCGUCAUUUUUGGUUCAGGUUCUUGCCUUCGCGACCGCCGCUCUCGCCCAAACUCCCGGCUUCGAUCCCUUCUUCAGCCCGCUCGAUCAAUCGAAGUACAAAGUCGGAGAUGUACUACCAAUUGCAUGGAAUGCUACAAAGACAGGAGGAAGGAUAUCACUCACUUUAGUCGGAGGGACGAGCGCAAAGGGUCUCGCGCCUGUAACUGUCAUUGCUGCACACAUCGACAACACCCCCGGCGCACCCACCACCUACGCAUGGCCCAUUCCGCCAAACAUCGGCUCCUUCGCCUCCUACGGCGUAAACCUGACUCUGGAUGGGGCUUCAGAUUUUCAGUACUCGAGUCAAUUCUACAUCAGCGGAGGCGUCGGCGCCGGCUUUUCCUCUACCACAACAAUUACAGAUACCACAGUCACACAAACAACGCAGACGACGAGCACGAUUACGGUAGCGAAUAGUACAAGCAGUUUGGCGACGACGACAAUGAGCAGUAAUAUGACGAUGACGACGGCGAGCCCUACGCCGAGUAAGACAAAGACGGGGGCGGGGACUGGGACGGUAAGUGAGAGUUCGACGCCGAGUCCUACGAAGAAUGCGGGAGAGGCGUUGAGGUUGGGUGGGAUGGCGCUGGUGAGGUUGGGUGGUUCGGUUAUGGCGUUUUUGUUGUGAGGGUUUGGAUGAGUUGGGGUACUGGGAAGGUAGGACGGUGUCGUGUGCAAAGAGCCUGUGGGACUUUGCUUGGGGUCUUGGGGAAUAGGGAGCUUUGGUGUUGAAGAACAGUUCAGGCAAGGCAGUUAGAUGUGAGAUUGUAAAUCCUAAUGCACC